CCGGGUCCCUCCUCGUCGCCUGGUUCUCUGGCCUACGCUGAGUGGCCGCGUCGCCCUCGCCACGGCCGCUGGCACUCCUCGCGGCGUCGGUGCCAGAGGAAGGCGGGUACGAUGGCGGCUAAGGCCCCGGCGGCCGAGGCCGUGGCUUCGCGUCUGGAGCGGCAGGAGGAGGACAUCCGCUGGCUGUGGGCGGAGGUCCAGCGCCUGAGGGACGAGCAGCUGAACGCGCCCGACAGGUGCCAGGCCGAGGGGCAGUGCCUCACGCGGGAGGUGGCGCAGCUGCGGGCGGAGAACCGCGACCUGCGCCAGCGCCUGUACAGCCUGCGGCUGUGCCUCGCCGAGGAGCUGAGCCACCGGGCCGAGCUGGAGAGCGCGGCGCGGGCGGCUGGGGCGCAGGACGAGGCCCGGCGUGCGGCUGCCGGCGCGCAGCUUCCUUCUAGUCAAAGCCAAGAAAAGGAUGCUAAAAAGAGGAAGAUGAAGGAAAGUGAGCCAGACAGUGAGGUGAAAUAUCAACCAAAUUUCAUAAAAGAAAGGUUGAAACUUUUUGAAAUACUGAAGAAAGAUCAUCAGCUCUUACUUGCCAUUUAUGAAAAAAAGGAGAAGGCAAGCAAUAUGAUCACAGUAAGAGUGGCUGAUGGGAAAACAGUCCAAGGGGAAGUUUGGAAAACCACACCUUAUCAAGUGGCAGUUGAAAUUAGGAGAGAUGAUGUGUACUGGCACUCCAGUGCUCACAUUCUUGGGGAGGCCAUGGAGCUUUACUAUGGAGGCCACCUGUGUUACGGUCCACCCAUUGAAAAUGGAUUUUAUUAUGACAUGUUCAUGGAAGACAGAGCAGUGUCCAGCACAGAAUUGUCGGCACUGGAAAACAUAUGUAAAACUAUCAUAAAAGAAAAGCAACCCUUUGAAAGAUUAGAAGUCAGCAAGGAAGUCCUCCUGGAAAUGUUUAAGUAUAACCAUUUUAAAAAUAUGAUUUAUAAUGAACCACCCAAAAGGAUAUAACUAUGUCUGGGUAUGUCCUAAAUAUUUCAUUACAGGUGCGGUCCACUCAUUGACCUUUGUAAAGGCCCCCAUGUGAGACACACUGGAAAAAUUAAAACCAUAAAAAUUUUCAAGAACUCCUCAACAUAUUGGGAGGGCAAUCCUGAAAUGGAAACAUUGCAGAGGAUCUAUGGGAUAUCCUUUCCUGAUAACAAGAUGAUGAGAACCUGGGAAAAGUUCCAAGAGGAAGCCAAGAACCGAGAUCACAGGAAAAUCGGGAAGGAGCAAGAGCUUUUCUUUUUCCAUGAUCUUAGUCCUGGAAGCUGUUUUUUUCUUCCCAGAGGAGCCUUCAUUUAUAACACACUUAUGGAUUUCAUACGAGAGGAAUAUCACAAACGUAACUUCACGGAAGUGCUCUCUCCCAAUGUGUACAACAGUAAACUCUGGGAAACCUCUGGCCACUGGCAGCAUUACAGUGAGAACAUGUUUGCCUUUGAGAUUGAAAAGGACACUUUUGCCCUCAAACCCAUGAAUUGUCCAGGGCACUGUCAGAUUGAAGAAGAAAUAAAGGGGUGUUUGCAGUUUUUGCAGUCUGUUUACUCAGCUUUUGGCUUCUCCUUCCAAUUAAACCUGUCCACAAGGCCUGAAAACUUCCUAGGAGAGAGUGAGAUGUGGGAUGAAGCUGAAAAGCAACUGCAGAAUAGCUUGAUGGAAUUUGGAGAACCAUGGAAAAUGAACCCAGGAGAUGGAGCAUUUUAUGGCCCUAAAAUUGAUAUAAAAAUCAAGGAUGCUAUUGGCAGAUACCAUCAGUGUGCUACAAUUCAGCUGGACUUCCAACUGCCUAUUAGAUUUAAUCUCACAUAUGUUAGUAAGGAUGGGGAUGAUAAGAAGAGACCUGUAAUCAUUCAUCGAGCCAUCUUGGGGUCAGUGGAAAGAAUGAUAGCCAUUCUUUCAGAAAACUACGGGGGAAAAUGGCCUUUCUGGCUGUCUCCUCGCCAGGUAAUGGUCAUCCCUGUGGGGCCAACUUGUGAAGAAUAUGCACUUCAGGUAUCCAGUGAAUUUUUUGAAGAAGGAUUCAUGGCUGAUGUUGAUUUAGAUCACAGUUGUACACUGAAUAAGAAAAUACGAAAUGCACAGCUGGCUCAGUAUAAUUUUAUUUUGGUGGUUGGAGAAAAGGAAAAGAUAAAUGAUGCUGUAAACGUUCGAACAAGAGACAACAAAAUUCAUGGAGAGAUUUCAGUAACUUCUGCCAUUGAUAAAUUGAAGAAUCUCAAGAAAUCACGUACACUAAAUGCUGAGGAAGACUUUUGA